AUGGGCACAAAUUAUGCUGUAAUAACUAAUAAGCUUGUACCAACUGUCUUUCUUGUUCCGCCCGCACAGACCGCGACGUCGGGGCCGCUUGACAGUCUCCAAUCUCCACUCUCUCUCAUCCCUGCAUCAUCUCUCUUCAUUCUCUUCGCUCUUUAUCUUUCUUCCUUUUCAUUUUUUCCCCUUCGCACUUCGACCUCGAGUUUUGGUUCUAGGAUGUCCGCCGCGCUGAAGAAGAGGAAGAUCGCCGUGCUCGGCUCGAGGUCUGUUGGGAAGUCGUCGCUGGUGAAGCAGUUCAUCGAGAACCACUUCGUCGACUCGUACUACCCCACCAUAGAAUCGACGUUUGCGAAGAGCGUCGUGUACAAGGGAGUCGAAUAUGACUGCCAUAUCAUCGACACUGCCGGCCAGGACGAGUACUCGCCAAUCAACUCCCAAUACGCUAUCGGGAUACAUGGCUACGUACUCGUCUACUCCAUCACCUCCCGCAACUCCUUCAACAUGAUCCAAAUCGUGCACGACAAGAUCAUCGACUUUUGUGGCGUCAGCAAGAUCCCCUGCGUCAUCGUUGGGUCAAAGUGCGAUCUGUCCAUGUCCCGACAAGUUGAUUCGACGGACGGUGAGCGGCUCGCCAAGGAGAACGACUGCGCGUGGAUAGAGACGAGUGCAAAGACGAACCAUAACGUAGGCAAAGUCUUCGAGCUCUGCUUGCAGGAAAUCGAGAAGCUCACAGCCCCAAACCAGACCGAGCCCCCUGCCAAAUCAUGCACCAUCCAGUAG